AUGGAGCUGCCGAGCGGGAGGAGGAGGAUGCUGAGGGACCAGCUCUGGGUUCUCCUCCUCCUCUUCCUCGCCUUGGCCUGGCUCUGGCUCCCGGUGGGGGCUCGGAGCCCCCCCCGGCCCCCUCCCUGCCCCCCGAGCUGCUCCUGCACCCGGGACACAGCUUUCUGUGUGGACUCCAAGGCCAUCCCCAAGAACCUGCCCCCCGAGGUCAUCUCGCUUGGGGGCCAACGUGUGGGGUAUGGGCAGCGUGGGGAUCUCUGUGGGGAAGACUUCGUGGUGCACCAGGUCCUGCCCUUCCAGUCGGUGUCAGCCGAGCCCUUCACCUACUCCAGCGACCUGUACGUGGCCCUGGCCCAGCCUGGUGCCAGCACCUGUGCCAUCCUCAAGUGGGACUACGUGGAGCGCAGGCUGCGGGACUUCGACCGCAUCCCUGCCCACUCGGCCGUGCACUGCAAGCCCAUCGUGGCCCAGGAGCAGCUCUACGUGGUGGUGGCUCAGCUCUUUGGGGGUUCCUACAUCUACCGCUGGGACACGGCGGUCGACAAGUUCAUCAAGAUCCAGGACAUCGACGGCCAGAAGACCAGGAAACCCAACGACAUCGAGGCCUUCCAGAUCGAAGGGGACUGGUAUUUCGUCAUCGCCGACAGCUCCAAAGCUGGUUCCACCAGCCUCUACCGCCUCGACCAGAACGGGUUCUACUCCCACCAAACCCUCCACGCCUGGCACCGCGACACCGACGUGGAGUACGUGGAGAACGAGCUGAAACCCCGGCUGAUCGUCUCCAGCAGCUCCCAAGCCCCCGUCAUCUACCAGUGGAACCGGGCGCAGAAGCAGUUCGUGCUGCAGGGGGAGGUGGGGGAGAUGCUGGACGUGCAGAUGGUGAAGCACUUCAGGGUGAGGAAGGAGCAGUUCCUCUGCCUCAGCCGCUACAUCGGCGACUCCAAGGUGGUGCGGUGGGAAGGGCAGCGCUUCGUGGAGCUGCAGACCCUGCCUUCCCGGGGCUCCAUGGUGAUGCAGCCCUUCCUGGUGGGUGGCAGGCAGUACCUGGCCUUGGGAAGCGACUUCUCCUUCACCCACGUCUACCUGUGGGAAGAGGAGAAGCAGAAGUUCCUCAAGUUCCAGGAGCUGUCGGUGCAGGCGCCGCGGGCGUUCCGGUACGUGCCCGCCUCGGACGUCCAGCUCCUCCUGGCUCCCAGUUUCAAGGCCAACACCUUGGUCUACAGGCACGGG